CCAUCGCCAUACUGUACGGAGCAACGCACUCCAUUGAUGACAUUUAGGACUAAUGAAUGACGCGCGCCACUUCCUCGUGGGCACAGGGCAGGACGAAAAAGCAAAAGGCAAAAAGCACCGAAUGAAUGAGCUGUGCAUCAUACUUCGUAAUUCCCGGUGGCUCAGUCUGUUGGUCGAUCCGCCAGGCACUAGUCGAAGCCAAUAUCGCUCGCAGAACAUCACCACCACACUGACACGUAAUGCAGAGCCACAAUCGCAAUUGCAAUCACAAUCUUCACAGCUCACGGAGUGCUAUCGCCACCGGACUCCCGUCAAGCCAUCAUCCACACUCCGGCCCGUGCUCGUAUUGAUGUCUGUGCCAUCAGACAAUCGCACGCGGAUAUCGGUAAUUGUCUGUGAAUGGCGCAGCAACACUCUCGGCGAGAGACCGUCUAGGGACUCGUGCGCACAGCUAUUGCUUUUUCUUCACGGUGUCCGGGUUGGCUGGAGCCACUCGGCUGCGCUGCCGCGGCGGCGUUUUUGAAAUGAAUAACCCACACACCGUACGCCACUGGCUGAGGCGAAAAAAAAAAAAGAAAAGAAAAGAAAGAAAAUAACCAUGGCUUGACUAGGAAUUCCAUCAGCAAUUCGUUCCGUAGCGAUAUUAUUGUUUGUGUAAUUUAAGAGAACCACCAAACCGUUGGCUAUUGG